AUUAUUUUCUAACUCAUUCGAUAGUUCAUAGAGAACCCGUAGCACAUAUCCACCAAUUAUUGGAGCUUGCAUGGUAGUCGAAGCCAGUCUCUGAUAACAUCUUGAUUAAAGCGACCUCCUCAACCAGCAAGCUAGUAUGGACUCGAUUUCAGACCCACCCUUUCAGAAGGCAUACAAGUUCCUAUUGGACAAGACCCAAAACCAUGAAGAGAAUCAUGAUUUCAAAGUGGUUGAGGAAUGCGAGCUUCCAAUGAUCGACCUGAGCCGCUUAGAUGAGAUUGUGAAGGAAGAGAUAGCAAGGGCUUCACAGGAGUGGGGUUUCUUCCAAGUUGUGAAUCAUGGAAUUUCCAGGGAUGUUUUUACUAGGUUGAGAUGUGAGCAAGAGAAAGUGUUCAAGCAACCAUUUCAAAAGAAGAUCAAAGAAGACAAGUUCUUCAACUUCUCCGCCGGUAGCUACCGUUGGGGAACACCCACCGCCACCUGCCUUAGACAGCUAUCUUGGUCGGAAGCAUUUCAUAUUCCUUUAUCCGAUAUAAUAGAUCACUCUAAUGGAUCAAGCACUACUCUACUUAGUUCAACAAUAGAACAAUUUGCUACCAUAGUGUCCAACCUUGCGCAAACAUUAGCGGAUAUAUUGGCGGAGAGAAUAGGUGAUAGGUCAAGUUUCUUUAAGGAGAAUUGCGUGCCCAAAACUUGUUAUCUACGAUUGAAUCGAUAUCCUCCAUGCUCCAUUGCUGAUGGGAUUCAUGGUUUGAUGCCACACACUGACAGUGACUUCCUCACCAUAUUAUAUCAAGAUCAAGUUGGAGGUUUGCAAUUGGUCAAAGAUAACAAAUGGGUCGCUGUUAAACCAAACCCCAACGCUCUUAUAGUCAACAUUGGUGACUUAUUCCAGGCAUGGAGUAAUGGGAUCUACAAGAGUGUUGAGCAUCGAGUUAUGACCAACCCAAAAGUAGAAAGGUUCUCAAUGGCAUAUUUCUUUUGCCCUUCAAAUGCUACUGUGAUAGAGAGUUGCACACAACCCUCUAUUUACAAGAAAUUCAGCUUUCAAGAAUACAGACAACAAGUUCGAGAUGAUGUUCAGAAGCUAGGUUCCAAAAUAGGCCUGCCUAGGUUUCUCACAUCAGUGCAUAAUUAUCAAGAUUAUUAUGAAUAUAGAAUUUUCAACAUCGACUAGGUUAUAUAUGUCAUAUGUAUAGACUCGAGGAAUAUGUACUUCUAUAGAGAAUUCAAGGCCCCAUGAUUGUGUCAAUGUAUCCUUCUGUUAGUACAGUACUAUAUAUAGAACUCACGGCCGCCGGUAGGAAAGCUGGUUUUUUGUGUGUAAUAAAACUAUAAAAGUAUCCUCCUCGUAGGGGAUUAUGGAUUUUCAUCAA